AUGUCAAAUAAAUAUAACUCAGGCCUCAGUACCCCUAAUAAUCACAACAGAAUGAUUGAUCAUUAGAAAUUUAUCUAAGAAAUAGUUCGUGAAACUUUGAAAGUAGAUGAAAUGGCCCAUGAUGCUUAAGUUGAUUGGUUCAGUUUUGAGAUAAAAAUGCGUGAAAGUAUGACAGCAUUGUUAGAACCGAUAAGUCGACGAAUAGUUGAUUUGAGAUAAGAUCAGCAAGCAUAUCAAAAAGAUCUGAGUAAAAUUUAAUAGCAGUUUUUGGAGUUUGAGGAACAGUUCAUGCCUACGAAUACCAAUAACCCAUCAGCUAUUUAGAGAAGAUAGGCUUUGAUAGAUUUAGUAUUCAAAAAAAUUAAUGAAGCAGAGGAAGAAAGGAGAAUGGAUUAGAUGGCAAUAAUAUAAAGAAUAUAAAGUGGUGAGAACAGAUAGAUUUUCAUGACUGAAAAAUUGAACAUUUUCGAUCAUAACUUCAAACAGCAAAGCGUAGUUAUUGAUGAUUUGAAAGAAGAAAUAGCCAACUAUCAUAAGAUUGAUGGUAAUUCUAGAUAAGAACUUGUCAAAGAACUAAACAGAUAGAAUGAAAGCACAAAUGCAAGAAUAGAUACAGUUGAAGCGAAAUUAAGAAGCAAGAUAUUUGAUAAGAGGUAAUCGGAUGAAUAAAUUCAAUAAUGCAAGCAAAAUUUCGACUAAUAAAACAUAAUGGUAGAGAAGCAAGAGUUUUUUAUAGAAUAACUCUAGAAAAAAUUUAGCCUACUUGAAAGUGUAAAUAGCAUAGAAGAACAGCAUUUGAGAAACACAGAAAUAGAUUUGAAAUUGAAAAAACUUCAAGAAUUUGAUAUAGAUAUCGAGUGA